AUGGAGCUCUGCCAUCAGCGGAAGAAAGUGGUUCGCAUCUCCACCGGCAGCAAACAGUUCGAUGCAAUCCUGGGAGGGCAAGUCACCAGCCUCUCACGCCUCCUCCACGCCCUUCUAACAGCAUUCAGAGGCUUCCAAAGCAUGAGCAUCAGCGAAGUCUUUGGCGAGUUCCGCUGCGGCAAGACCCAGCUGUCGCAUACCAUGUCCGUCGUCGCACAGCUUCCGAAGGAAAUGGGCGGCGCCGAGGGCAAGGUCGCCUACAUCGACACAGAGGGCACCUUCCGACCCGAGCGUAUCGCCCAGAUUGCAGAGCGGUUCGGCGUGGACCCCGACUCGGCACAGGAGAACAUCGCCUAUGCGCGCGCGCUCAACAGCGAGCACCAGCUGGAGCUGCUGAACACGCUGAGUAGGGAGUUUGCCAGCGGCGACUACCGUCUCCUCAUCAUCGAUAGCAUCAUGAAUUGCUUCCGGGUGGACUACUGCGGUCGCGGUGAGCUGGCGGAUCGGCAGCAGAAGCUGAAUCAGUUUCUGAUGAAGCUUGCGCAUAUGGCGGAAGAGUUCAAUGUCUGUGUUCUGAUGACGAAUCAGGUCCAGAGUGACCCUGGUGCGAGUGCUCUCUUCGCUGGCGCCGAUGGCCGCAAGCCGGUAGGUGGACAUGUCCUAGCCCAUGCGUCUACGACUCGGGUUCUUCUGCGAAAGGGCCGAGGCGACGAGCGGGUAGCCAAGAUCCAAGAUUCUCCGGAUAUUGUAUGUGUGGGACAUUAUGUUUUCUUUAUCAUUGUCGGGGGUGGUCAAACCUCCAAAAUAUAUUUUUUUUCUCAUCGCAACGACAACACCAACACUUCCCCUCUACACCUUCUCACACUUAAUCUCUUGAUAAAUACAAUCAAGAUGAAAAAAGAAGCCCUCGAAAUAGCAGGCUACACAGUCCUGCCCUUGCAACUCCCCGAAACCCGCACCUACCCAAAGCCUGCCACGCACUACCUCUACCUCCGCCCUCACGAACCGCGCAUCCCGGACGCCGACACCCCGCGCUCUCUCUUCGUGGUCAACAUCCCGAUCGACACGACAGAGACACACCUGCGGCACCUGUUCGGCGCACAGCUCGCCAGCGGGCGCGUCGAGCGGGUGGAGUUCGAAGCCCUCCCGACGAAGAAAAAGGGCCUCACGCUCGCCACAACGACGCAAGGCAACGUGACGAAGAGCAAGAAACGCAAGCGCGUGACGGCCGACGACCUCCAGUCGCAGCUGGACUCGAUCGCGCUCCCCCCAACCUGGGACCGCGAGCUGCAGAAGUCCGGGGCCCGUGCGGUCGUGGUCUUCGUCGACAAGCCCAGCAUGGAGGCGAGCCUGAAGGCCGCACGGAAGGCGGCGAAAAAGGCGCCGCCGGUCUGGGGCGCGGGCCUGGACGACGGCGGCGGCCGGCUGCCGGCGCUGGGGCUGCCGCGGUACCUGGCGCACGACGAGGCGCGGUACCCGUCGCGGGCGGCGCUGCUGGGCGCCGUCAACGACUACAUGACGGUGUUUACGCAGGUGGCGGAGGCGCGGAAGCGCGAGGAGAUGCGUCGCGCGCAGGAGCCGGACGAGGAUGGCUUCAUUACGGUGACUAGUGGGCCGAAGCUGACGUCUGCGGCGCACGAGGAGGAGGCGCGCGCGCUGGUCGAGAAGCAGAAGCAGAAGUCGCAGGGUCUGGAGGACUUCUAUCGGUUCCAGUCGCGGGAGAAGCGGAAAAUGCGGCAGAAUGAGUUGCUGAAGCGGUUUGAUGAGGAUAAGAAGAGGCUGGAGGAGUUGAAGCGGCGGAAGGGAAAGCUCCGGCCCGAGUGA